AUGGCAUCGGAGGCAUCAUCGAAGAGCAACGGACAAGUUACCAAGAAUAGAAAAGAGGGCAAAAAUGGCGAUAAAACAGAGGAUGAUACAGGAAAAGACCCAAAUAAACCAGGAGGAAGCGACACAGAUAAUGACGAAGAUAACCCAAAACCGCCAAUUGAUGACAAUGGGGGCGCUAAACCUGAAACAACCACCUCAUCGUCCACCACCAAUGCUCCUUAUUUCGUCCUUUCAGCUCUUUCCUUCCUAUUUUCUUUGCCCUUGAAAAUCUAG